GGUUAUGAAAAAUCAGUAGUGGUAUCUGACCUACAAACAGGGAUACAAAAUGGCGUCGAACGCAUUGGCAGCGAUGUUGGACGAAUUGAUGGGCAGAGAUAGAAAUUUAGCACCUACAGAAAAACGCAGCGAACCUAAAUGGGAUGAUCCAGAGGUAUGCCGGUAUUAUCUCGUAGAUUUCUGUCCACAUGAACUGUUCACAAACACACGUGCAGAUCUAGGUCCGUGUGAAAAGAUACAUGAUGAUCACCUUAGAAAAGAAUACCACGAAAGAUACAAAAAAAGUUCAAGAGUUGGUCGUCUUGGUUACGAGGAAGAUUUUCUGAGGUAUUUACAGACAUUGAUCAAUGAUGUAGAGAAGAGAAUUAGAAGGGGACACCAAAGGCUUGCACUUAACAGUAUGCAAGGAAAUUUGAAUGGAAAUCCAGCUAGUCAGAAAGAAGAAAAGGUCAAAAUGCUGACUGAGAGAAUCAAUGAUCUUGUACAAAAAGCAGAGGAACUUGGAUGUGAGGGUAAAGUUGAGGAAGCUCAAGGUAUUAUGAAGCUAUGUGACCAACUUAAUGAGGAGAGAACACAGUUACAGAAUAAUCCAACACCAGACCCAUACAACGAGCCACUGAAGGCAAUGGAAGUAUGUACUGUAUGUGGGGCAUUGCUAGUGGUAGGUGACGCUCAGCAAAGAGUAGAUGAACACAUCAUGGGAAAACAACAUUCUGGCUAUGCAAGAAUUAGAGCUUAUGUAGAAGGAAAAAGGAUGAAAACCAAAGAGGAAGAAGAAGAAAAAGAAGCCAAACUGAAACAGGAGAGGGAAGAGAGAGAAAAGGAAAGGGAGAAAGAGAGGGAAGAGCGUAGGAAGAAAGAUGAAGAAAGAAAGAAGGAAAGAGAAGAGAGAGAGAAAGAAAGAGAAAGAAGGAAGAAACGCAGUAGGUCAAGGAGCAGAAGUCGUAGAUCCAGGAGUAGAGAUAGGAAGAAGAGGUCAAGAAGUCGUAGCCGUCAUCGACGUAGAUCUCGCAGUAGAUCUCGUGACAGACACCAUAAGUCACGUCGUCACCGCAGUAGGAGUCGUGAGCGUAGUUCCCGAAGUGAGGAUAAAAAACGGAGAUCAAGAAGCAGAGAUAAAAGCAGCAAGAAGUCAAGCCGUGAGAGAAGCAAGUCUGAGGACAAGCAGAAAGAAUCUAGCAGAAGCGAGGAGAUAAAAGUGAAGACUGAACAACCAUGUGGUGAUGAAGACAAAGCCAUGGAGACGCAAGUUGAGAUAAAAGAAGAGAUCAAGACUGAGCCUGAGAACGAAGCCACUGAUAAGGAACCAGGAGAAACUAACUGAAGGUGACUUAAUCAUGGAUUUACAGAAUGUUGUAAAAAACUGCCACUAGUUUGAAGUGUUUAAUAAAAAGGACUGCAUCAUCGUGGAGGACAAUUGUUUCUACAAGAUUUCAUCGAGGUACCCUCACAUGUUAAAGUUACCAACAUAUAUGUUCUGUACUUGUUAUUGAUUUUGUAUUACUAAACUUACAUUGAUUAAUCAUUGUUGUCUGCUUAUAUUAAGUAAAGUUUUGGGCUUUAAUGAUGUUUUCAUUGCUAUGAAAUUUUGCUUUUUACUGUUAUUACAUUUGAAUUAAGUAUUGAUUGUCUGCUUCCUAAAUUGAAGUGUUGAUUCAUGUUCUCUCUAGUAUUUGUAGUUAUGGAAGUUUACUUUUAUGUAAUUUACUAACGAGGAUAAAGAAUGCUGUCAAAAUACACUUUGUUUACAUUAUAUGAUUAUGUGAAAAUAGGCUCAUGCAUUACUGUCUCGACUGAAUAAACAUUUUCUGUUGAAUGCAAAGCUUUAGCAUUGUUGACUCUAAAUUUGAAGUAUGUUUGUAUAGGAGAACCAAUUGAAUUUAUUUCAUUCAGUUUAUUUAAUGCAAAGAGUUUUAUAAGACAUUAAAAGCUUGACAAUUUUGCUGAUCUGUCCAUCCUGGUUUAUCACACACCUGGAGUCUAAUUUUUAUACCAGUGCUAAAAAAAAAUAAUAUAAGAAAAAUGGACUAUCUGAGACAAUUUCAAAUUCAGAAAUUUUUAUCAGAAUUGUAAGUGCACUGUAGACCAGUAGACUAAUAUAAAACUAAAUUUUUGUAUGUUUGCUUAAUUUUAUGAAUUUGUGUCAACUUUGUUUUAAAUGAACAUAGAAUGUAAUCAUUCCAGAAAUUGUCUUUUGUAUUUCUGCAUCUGUUAAAAGAAAUUUUUACCUACAUUGUAUAUUGGACAGAAAUGAUAAAAAUAGAAGGUCAUACUGUUUGAUAUUACUAAAGAUGUGGAUAUGAAUAGAAGGGGAUGAGUGCAUGUUCUUAUCUAGUGUUUCAAUUGGGUAAAUAUUGUACUAACUUUAAUAAACAAAGAACACUACAUAUUGAUAAAAGCUUUCUUAUUUGGAAUUGUUUAAAAGGUGUUUCUACAGAAAGGUGCAAGGAAAUCAAUUUGAAUUAUUUGUCAAAACAUGUGACCUUCAAACCAAGCUUUGUCAGUAGUUAAUUUGAAGUGACGCUUUUUUUUCCUUAUACAAAAUAUUGGAAGUCAGUAAAAACAUGUGAAUAUUUAAAAA